GCUAACAAUAACUCACAAGACCCACAAUGGCAGGCUUAGGAGAAAAGAAAGUCCUCAUCAGUGACUCAAUUAGCAAAAUAUGCCAAGAAACACUCACUUCAGCUGGCUUCACAGUCGAUUAUCGUCCUGGCAUCAGCAAGGAAGAUCUCAUUGCUUGUAUUAAGGACUACGAUGGCCUCAUAGUUAGAUCAGGUACUAAAGUUACUAAAGAGGUCCUUGAGGCAGGAGCUGGACGACUCAAAGCAGUUGGUAGAGCAGGGACUGGUGUCGAUAAUAUUGACAUACCUGUAGCCAGUGAAAAAGGAAUAGCAGUCAUCAAUACUCCAUCAGGAAACAGCAUUAGUGCAGCAGAGCAUACUUGUGCCAUGAUCCUUGCAACAGCCAGAAACAUACCCCAGGGACACUUUAGUGUAAAGAAUGGUAAAUGGGAGCGAAGCAAAUUUAUGGGAGUUGAAGUCCAGGGAAAGACUCUAGCUAUCAUUGGCUUGGGCCGAAUUGGUCGUGAAGUAGCAACAAGAAUGCAGUCCUUUGGAAUGAAGACAAUUGGGUUCGACCCAUUAGUACCAGCAGACGAGGCAGCCAAGUUUGGAGUAGAGUGGAUGGAAACUGCAAAUAUUUGGCCACUAGCUGACUUCAUAACUGUACACACUCCACUCAUACCUGCCACUAAAGGCCUUCUCAAUGACACUUCAUUUGGUCAAUGCAAGAAAGGAGUAAGAGUUGUUAAUGUGGCUCGUGGUGGUAUAAUAGAUGAAGCUGCUCUAGUCCGUGCACUACAGUCAGGUCAAUGUGGAGGAGCUGCAUUAGACGUGUACAGCACUGAACCACCUACCAGUAAUGGGCUGGAGGACCUAGUGAAGGAGGAGAAGGUCGUAUGCACUCCUCAUUUGGGGGCCAGCACUGUUGAGGCUCAAGUCAAAGUGGCUGAAGAGGUUGCUAAUGAAUUUAUAGCAAUGGCUGAAGGAAGGACUGUUAAUGGACUGCUUAAUGGCAAGGCACUUAAGAAAUAAUUGGAGAUAGUUUUGGCUUUUAGCUACCGAACUAAUUUGAUUAUUAAUUUUAUUAUUUAUUAGUGUGACUCUGAUUUGACUUAAGAAGGGGUUAGCUUUCUCAAAAA